ACGAGGCGGUGGAGUUUAGACAGGCGGACGGGGCAGCUGCUAGACUCAUACCCGUUCAACUGGGCAGAUAGAUGCACACACACACACACACACACACACACACACACACACACGUGUUUGGUUUUUUUGUUGUUGUAAAGAGCAACCUUCGGAAGGGGCCGACUGACAGGCUGCGGCUGGGUGUGUUUUAGGUGGAAUGAAUCUCCCUCCACUUGGAGCCGUUUGCACCAUAACCGGUUUGGAGGAGGCGGCGAGGCGCGGCAGCGGAUGGGAACGUUCAGCGGCAGCAGCAGCGCCAAGCUCACAAUGCGCCCGGAGUGAACAGGGAGACAAUACAGAUCCGCGGGCUCACUGAGGAGCUGCAAUCUCCCACCGGGACUCUGUUUUUUCUCCCUCUUUCUCUACAACAUCUCCGAGAGUGGCGUGUCCUCUCCUCCUCCUCUCCUCCUCCUCCUCCUCCUCCGCUGUCUGACAGAUUGAUUCAUUGAUUGAGACCAAAUCGCAACGAGGGGCAAGUGGUUCGAUCAUCCAAACUCAGCCAUGACGUCUCCGGCGAAAUUCCGAAAGGACAAGGAGAUCGUGGCCGAAUACGAAACUCAAGUGAAAGAGAUCCGUGCCCAGCUGGUGGAGCAGCUUAAGUGUCUGGACCAGCAGUGUGAGCUGAGGGUGCAGCUGCUCCAGGAUCUGCAGGACUUUUUCAGGAAGAAGGCGGAGAUUGAGAUGGACUACAGCCGCAACCUGGAGAAGCUGGCGGAGAGGUUCCUCACCAAGACACGCAGUACCAAGGACCAUCUACUCAAGAAGGAGCAGAGUAUUUUGUCUCCUGUGAACUGCUGGAACCUGUUGCUGCUUCAGGUGAAGAGGGAGAGCCGCGACCACGCCACUCUGUCCGACCUCUACCUCAACAACAUCAUUCCCCGCUUUGCACAGAUCAGCGAGGACUCAGGGCGCCUCUUCAAGAAGAGCAAAGAGGUCGGUGUGCAGCUGCAGGAGGACAUGAUGAAAGUUCUCAAUGAGCUUUACACGGUGAUGAAGACGUACCACAUGUACAACACGGACAGCAUCAAUGCAGAGUCCAAGCUGAAGGAUGCGGAGAAGCAAGAGGAGAAGCAGAUGGGACGCUCAAAUCGUCAGGACGACCGUCAGACGCCGCGCUCCCCCGACACCCUGUCCAGCAUCAAGAACGACGAGAAACCUGUCCGACGCUCCAGUGUUAAGAAAAUUGAGAAGAUGAAGGAGAAGAGACAAGCUAAGUACACGGAGAACAAGCUGAAGGCCAUCAAGGCCAGGAAUGAGUACCUGCUCGCCCUCGAAGCCACCAACAGCUGCGUCUUCAAAUAUUACAUCCGUGACCUAUCCGACAUCAUUGACUGUUGUGACCUAGGCUACCAUGCCAGCCUGCAUCGCGCCCUGAGGACCUACUUAUCUGCAGAACAGAAUGUGGAGACGUCCAAACACACCGGCCUGGAGACACUGGAUGGAGCUGCAGAGAGUCUGGAGCCCAAUGGAGACAAACAGAAACUGAUGGAGACCUACAACAAUGUCUUCUGCCCCCCAGCUCGCUUCGACUUCCAGUCCCACAUGGGAGACAUGAUGGGCAUGAUGUGUGCACAGCAGCCGCUGGAAGGUGAGCUGCUCCAGAGGUGUCAGCAGCUGCAGUCCCGUCUCUCCACACUCAAGAUUGAGAAUGAAGAGGUGAAGAAAACUAUGGAGGCCACUCUGUCCACCAUCCAAGACAUGGUGACGGUGGAGGACUAUGAUGUCUCUGAGUGCUUCCACCACAGCAACAGCAUGGAAUCCGUCAAGUCCACCUUCAGCGAAUCCUAUCUCAGCAAGCCGAGCCUAGCCAAGCGACGGGCCAAUCAGCAGGAGACGGAGCAGUUUUACUUCACGAAGCUGAAAGAGUUUCUGGAAGGCAGGAACCUGAUCACCAAGCUGGAGGCCAAGCAUGACCUCAUCCAGAAGACCCUGGGAGAGAGUCAGAAGACUGACUGUUGCCUUGCCAGUGGACGGAGGAACUCAACAGUGCGGAAGCAGGACUUGGGUGAGGCCAUUCCUCUGAUGGUUGAGAGCUGCAUCUGCUUCAUCAGUCGCCAUGGUCUCCAGCACGAGGGCAUCUUCAGAGUGUCGGGCUCCCAGGUGGAAGUCAACGACAUCAAGAAUGCAUUUGAGAGAGGUGAAGACCCGUUGGCAGGGGACCAGAAUGACCAUGACAUGGACUCCAUUGCUGGUGUCCUGAAGCUCUACUUUAGAGGACUAGACCACGCCCUCUUCCCCAAAGAAGUCUUUCAUGACCUCAUAUCCUGUGUCUCGAUGGAGAGCCUCCAGGAGAGGGCAGUCCACAUAAAGAAGGUUCUGCAAUCUCUGCCAAACAAAACCCUCAUCAUUAUGAGAUACCUGUUUGCCUUUCUCAACCACCUGUCUCAGUACAGCGAGGAUAACAUGAUGGACCCCUACAACCUGGCCAUCUGUUUCGGUCCCACCCUGAUGUCUGUCCCAGAGGGCAACGACCAGGUAUCUUGCCAGGCUCACGUCAACGAGCUCAUUAAGACUAUCAUCAUCCACCACGACACCAUCUUCCCCGGACCACCGGACCUGCAGGGCCCCGUCUACGCCCUCCCUGGAACUGGAGAGGAUUUCUGUGACAGUCCACACUGUGAGCCCCCCCUGGUGGAAGAGCCUGCGCCUGACGCUGUCUCUGUCAUCCACAACAGCGAAGAUGGCUCCUUGACUGUUUCAGAGUCCGACCCAAUCGAGGCCAUCGCUCGGUUCGACUAUUCCGGACGGACCAGUCGGGAGCUGUCGUUCAAAAAGGGUGCCUCUCUGCUUGUGUAUCAGCGAGCCUCCGACGACUGGUGGGAGGGACGACACAAUGGAGUGGAUGGACUUGUACCACAUCAAUAUAUUGUGCUCCAAGACAUGUCUGAUGGGGGACGGGGAGGUUCAAAGCCUGAUGUUGACUCCAGGGACCUGCUGGAAGAGAGGGUCUCCACUAGAGGCAGCGCCGCCUCUCCCACUGGAGCUCAUGUGGCUGACAUCUACCUGGCCAACCUGAACAAGUGCGUGGGGUUGAGGAAGCGCCCAGAGUCUGGGAGCAUCCGGAGAACGCUCCGGAGCUCAGAGAGUGACAGCACCAGUCCAGGAACCAGUGGAGGAGGAGUGAGAACAGCAUCUCUUCCAGUCGGGGGGGCUCUGGUGAAAGAAACUGGAGACAAACGACCCGUCAGCGCUCAUAGCAUCCUCAACUCGGUCACUCGCCACUCCUCGCUCAAGACCAAGGUGGAGAGUCCGCAGUUAAGGAAGACGACUGCAGCAGGGCGCUCCAAGAGCUUCAGUAACCACCGACCCCUGGACCCAGAGGUCAUUGCCCAGGUAGAGCAAAGCUCACAGGACAUUGAAGCGGCAAUGAGCUCUGCCCUCAGUGAGCUCAGUAAGUCGGAGAGACAGAGCACUUCCAAACAUACACACACCCCUGACGUGGUCCUGGACACACUGGAGCAGCUGAAAGGUGUGGGCGGCGGAGGAGGAGGAGGAGCCUCGGAGCCCUCCAGCCCACUUCACUCCCGUCUAUUGCGGGACAGUGAGGGGGGCUCCUCGCAUGCACACCCACUUCAGCGCAGCGCCUCCUCUGCUAGCGACGUGCCCUCCUCCUUCCGCCCCACCAAGAGCCAGCCGCGGAGCCCCCUGCCCUCUGCCACAUCCCCCUCCCUCUCCUCCUCCUCCCUCUCCUCCUCUGUACCGUCCUUUAGAGAGCUGCGCCCCCCAGCAACGAGACCCAAGCCCGUGGUUUUCCCAAAGGGCGGAGGAGGGGGUGGCAGUCCAGCGAUGGGCUCCCCGACCUCCACUGUUCCCCUUACACCUCCACCUCCCCCUCCACCUGGAGGCCACACACACUCUCUCCCUCACACUCCUCCUCCUCCGCCUCCUCCCCAGCCUAAUGACAAAUCCUGCCCAGCUUAACACCCCUUGAUCUGAACAAUACUUAUUCAUACAGACUCUUCUUCCAGGUGCUAGAAGCACUUCAUUAGUUUCACAGACGAGCCCUAACCCACUACUCAUGUAGCAUUCACUUCUCGGUGUGAAGGCGAAUUCUUAUGCGAUGCCUUGUUCCCUUCAGAGGUUUUCCUGCCUGGUCCUGGCAGCUCUUAAACGUCUCAAGGUGUAGGUUAGUGAACACCCUUCAAAGACACUUCUUUUUUUUCUGCUUCAUCACAGAGAAUCCAGUGAUCACUGGAUUUUUAAAAUCUUUCAUAAGGGAACAGGACUCAGGAUUGACUCCUACACCUAGAGCUUACAUACACUAGUUUGUGAUGUUUGAAAUUGUGUUUGAGUGGGCGUGUAAGAGUGUUACUUGCCUUUACACAGAUCUAUAUGAGGAACAAAAAGCACUGUUUGAUUUUUGUACAGUAGGUAUGACAGGUUUUUUUCUCUUCUUAAUGAACCCAUGACUAGCGGACUGGAAGGGAGUGUUUGAUUCCUAAGGGUAGACUGUGAAAUGCUUACUUCUCGCUCUGUGUAGAACAUUACACACACUGACUUGCUGCUUCAGAAGUGGAAGACUGUAGAUAAAGGUGGACUUAUUGGAUAAUGAGAGAAAACUGGGCCAAAUAUCAGUGUAAGUCAUGUGAUCAAGAGCUUUAUAUUAUCUUUUCUUCCAGUGUUUGAUAUGUUGCAGAUUCUUUUUAUUUUAUUUAAUUACUGUUCAGUACUAGUACCACAACAGUAGCAUAACAGGAGCAGUUAUUCUCCAAUAUAUGUAAUGGCUGACAGUAAUUCUAAAUCAAUAUAUAGCAAUAAAAAAAAAAAUGAAAGCUGGUAUUUUGAAGCAUCCUGCUGUGUCUCUCCUGCAGCUCUAUUUUGUGUGUAGGGGACCACUGAAACCCAGCAUUUUUAUAUGUGAUGUUGGACUAUGCACCACACACAAGUCGGUGUGUGGUAGUGUUUUGUGGCAGCUAAACGCCUUUCAGGUUUUCCUCGCAUGCUGGGGCCACAGACAGCAGCCGCAGUGGCGAGCUGGCUGAUUGCAUCAGUUUAUGUAUCUGCAGUACCAGCUUCGAACAAAGACACAGCCUGCUCCUUUAAAUAUAUACUAAAGACUUAACAGAAAAAAAGAGGGUUUUAUUAUUCUAAUGGUGUGUAUGUACGUUUAAUAAUCAUGACUGGAAGCAUGGAGCUGAGGAUCCACCCGUGUGCAUUUAGAAAGCACAACCAACCACCUCAUCCAGUGCGCUCUUAUAACUACUUUUUUUUUGUUCAGGUGUUUAUUAAUGCUCAGAAUCUGUUAUGGUUAAAUGUGGAACAGAGUAGCCGUCUGGAUGUGUGCGCCUGUAAGCAUGUGUGGAUGUAGAGUAUAUAUGCACCUCACCUCACCCCAGCCCUGCCCACUCAUCAUAAAGGGAUGCUACCCAACAGCAGCAGCUACCUGCAGACACACAGGAAAACACGUCUCUGUUCUGGAGUACCAGCAGCCUGAAUAAAAAAGAAAUAUGCACUGUGUAUGUGUGUGAUCAGAUAAAAAGCCUGCAGGGAUUCAUAAAAUGUUGUCUUGUCUUCAGUCACUGCUGUAACAUCUGUGGCAAACCGGCUUUAAGUCGAAACAGGAUGAGGAAACCCAUCUCCAAGGACUUAAACCCACUUUUGUUUUUCCUGAUAAUGUUUGAUGAUAAUGCAAAUUAGAUCUGGUGAUGGAUUAUAGGAUAAGUUAAUCAUUCUUUUUUUUAAACUGACUUCAAAUGUGGGGAUAGGACAUUUAGGGUAAACUGAAUUUUUCAUUGUAGUUCACUUUCUUGAGAAAGUAUUGAACUAAUUUUACCCUGGUCAGUGUUCUCAUAUAGUCCCUUUAAUCAUACCUUUCCCCUUCUCCACAACUGUUUGCAAAAAAAAAAGUACAGCACAUACUGCAUUCCUGUAUGCUCUUCACCAGGUAAUGAAUUAUAAUUGUUAUAAAGUUGUUUUUACCCUUAAUCUGUAUACUGUUUGUGUAUUACCUGGUAUAUUUGUGUUGCUCUUACCUCAUUGUGACAACUGGAGGGACUGUGACUGUGUGAGUGUUUGUGGUCAACACGUGAACACUCACACAAUGGACAUGCAUGUGGGUGUACGGUGUGUUUUGUCCUGGCUGUGCUGUCAAGAGGAGCCGGGACCCUCUGCGAUCUCAAAUCAAUCGUCAUGCACUUGAACAACUUUGCUUGUGUGUGGACUAACUUGCGUGUGGGGAUGAUUUGUCGGAGUUGAAUAUUGUUAAAUAUGCAUUUUCUUUUGUGUGUUUCCAGUUGAAAACAGCAGAACUAAAAAAAAAAGAAGACUGUAAUGUCAAAUCUAUUUAUAGUUGUCUCUGUAUUACUGGAGAAUCCUGUGUUCAGAUGUACUUUGUAUAUACAAUGUUGUACAUUACAGAGGUACACUCUUUUUUUGGUACAAUAUUGUACAGUAAUAGCAAUAGUAGUUUAAUCAAAUAGGCCUUAUAUGAUUCUAUGUGUAGUUCUUGUAGUAGAUAAGUUUUUUUUAAUAAACAUUGCUUGCUAUAAAGAUU